AUGAUUUUCUCCAAAACUCUCUUGAGCUGUUUGGCCCUAGCUGUCGGUAUUGCACAGGCCCUUCUGAGAAAUAGGGAUUGCGCUAAUUGUGGUUUAAUGCGGGCUAUCCAUCAAUCCAUCGAGCCACAAGUCAACAUCGCUAUGCAGGCUCAGUAG